GGUUAAUAUAAAAAUAUUGAACGUGUAGCCAGCGUCAUAGAAUCUAAUGAUUGCUUAUUUUUUCUUUUCGUUUUUGAUAUUUCAUCUCUGGGUGUUGAGUUUAGGGUUAGAAGACAUAAUCAUUUUUACAAAACACAUUUCUCAAAAUACUCGCUUUAUAACGAUUGCAAAACAUAGUUAUGCUUAUAGGACUCUCUGGGUACGUAACUGGGUAUAAUGGUACUUACCCCUUUGAAAAACCAGGAGAUAAAUACAACGGUUCACGCUAUGAAGGAAUGCGUUAUUUUUGUACAACCUUAGGUGCACUCAUAAUGCCCAUGGCUUUUGACACAGUCUAUGAGUUGACGCAAUCAACCGAAGCAGCUGUGAUAUCUUCACUUUAUUUAAUAUUUGAUGUGGGUCUCGUAACUCUAAAUCAAUAUAUUUUGCUUGACCCGAUUCUGCUUUUUUUCUUAACUGCAUCCGUUUGGGGAAUGACCAAGGCAUCGAACCUUACUGCAACUGGAAAUUCUUAUACAAUUUCUUGGUGGGUUUGGCUAUUUUUUACCGGUACUAUGUUAGCUUGUACAACAAGUACCAAAUUUGUAGGUCUCUUUGUUGUUAUGCUCGUGGGUUUGCACACAAUCCAGCAACUUUGGAUAAUUUUUGGAGAUAUGAGAAAACCACUUGCGGAGACUGUCAAACAAAUCGCAUGUCGAACAAUUGCAUUAAUUCUGUGGCCAAUUAUUUUGUACAUGUAUUUCUUUUACAUUCACUUGAUUGUAUUGAAUCGGAGCGGAACCGGGGAUGGCUUCUACAGUUCUGCUUUCCAAUCUCGUUUAAUUGGUAAUUCUUUAUAUAAUGUCAGUAUGCCGCGAGAUGUGACAUAUGGUGCAAUUGUUACUAUUAAAAAUCAUAAGACUGGAGGAGGUUAUCUACAUUCCCACUAUCAUUUAUACCCGAAAGGUAUUGGAGCCAGACAACAACAGGUAACUACAUACACGCACAAGGAUGAUAACAAUAAAUGGCUUAUAAAGCCCUACAACAAGGAUUCAAUUGAUAACAUAAAAUAUGUUUCGCAUGGCGCCUUAAUAAGACUAGAGCAUGUUGCUACUAGGCGUAAUUUACACUCACAUGGUGAACCAGCACCACUCACUAAAAGGCAUUUGCAAAUAACAGGAUACGGAGAGGAUGGGCAAGGUGAUGCAAAUGAUAUUUGGCAAGUUCUAUUGGUUGAUGGUAAGCAAAACACCAGUGUUAAAACUGUUACAACAAAGUUUUUGCUAAUACACUACCUCCAAAACUGUGCGCUGACUACCAGCGGACAGCAACUUCCGAAAUGGGGAUUUGAGCAACAAGAAGUUUCUUGCAAUCCCAACCUGAGAGAUAAAAAUGCAUUUUGGAAUGUCGAAGAUAAUCGGAACGAAAAAUACCAUACAGUUGCACAAUUGCGUGUUUGGCUCCGACGUCUUGAAUUACCAUCGAGUGGUAAUAAAAGUACUUUAGUGUUGCGGUUGACAGAGGUUCCUACAAGUGAACGUGGCGAGUGUUCAAGUGGUGCAGAAGUUGACGAAAUUUUGCUCCCAAUAUUUGAAGAUCAACAGACUGUACCAGAUACGUUCGACGUUGCUGCUGCGCAGAUGGAAAAUGGUAGCACCAUACAACAAGUCGAAGAGCAGCCAGUGAAAAUCGUAGCAGACGCAGGUCCGACAGAGGUUGAAUUACUGAAGCGAGAGACAAAUUUAUUGAAACGUGAAAAAGAUUUGCUGGAGCGGGAGAAUGCAAUGCUACAGCGAAUGAUGCUUGGUGGUGAAACAUUGAGCCAGCCGCAAUUGAAUCAAGCAACAAUUUCACUUGACCUGAUAAAAAAUCUAAUACCCGAGUACGAAGGUGGCGUUAAUUUCAAUUUGUGGGCGGCACAGUUCAAAAGCGUCGCCAGUGCCUACACUAUAAAUGAAGGCGAGUCGCGCAUUAUUUUUCUUAACAAACUGAAAGGCAAAGCACAACAAUGGUUAUAUGACAAUUCCGAUUUCGCAACUCAACAAGUAGAUGAGCUCAUCAGUCAAAUGAAUAAAGUGUUUGGCUCAGGUGAAAACAGAGUGGUGCUGCGGCGAAAAUUUGAGACCAGGAAGUGGAAGUCGGGAGUUAUAUCGUCACAUCAACCCCCACCAAAACCCAGAAGGCACCAAUAG